AUGUGCCCGAACGAGCUGAUCAAAUGCAAAAUGCAGUCCAUUCGUGAAGUCGCCCAGUGUACCAGAAUAGCUGUCCCGCAGACGCACAGGUGACGCACUUUCUAUUAAAAAGUUCAAGUAUAACCUACUAGCCCAUUCCAAAUUUAAACAUCAAACAAUCCUGAGCUUAAGAGCUUAAUAUGUUGAUAAAAGGUUAUUCAAACACGUAAGAUUUUGUGAUGUCACAAAUCGCACCAAGUAGAAUAGAAGAAAAUAAAUAUUAGUAUUAAGCUUACGUAAAAAUGACAAUGAUGCUUUUUGCUUAGCCUGUGCUGAAAUUGCCAAAUUAAAUUGAUAAAUUCGAGCACAACACGAUGUAAACAAUGACAGAAAUGCCCAACCCAAGGCGUAAGUGUUUGCACGCCUGGAAGUCCACUCAUGUUUUAGGUUGUAAACUUUUAUUUAAAAUUAAUUGAAGACACUUGACUUCUGAUUUGACAAGAUGUGUCUAUUACUGUGAGCUAACUAAAGAUUUUUUAUUGUCAUUUUUGCCCGUUGUUGGCUGUCUUGCUGCCAAAACGUGCGUUGUUACCAGAUUUUUUGAAUGCAUAAAGUUACGGCAAAUUUGACGCUUGGUUGUUUACAAACCUUGUGUUUUACGCAGACGACGUAAGACAGUUUCUGUUUCAAUUCUUUCGUUUAUGAGUCAUAUUAUAUUUUAGCGUUAGCAAAAAAGAGUAGUCCAUGAACAAGACCCACGUUAAGUUUAAAGUCAACGAAAGAUUAUAAGCACUGGAAGUUUUUACCUUUGUCCACUAUCAAGAAAAAGAAGAAAGUUGUUUUAUGAAAUAGGACUAUUUUUUACUUUAUUUCAUGAACUACCGACCAGUUGUACUUUUGUCAGUAAAUUUUAAGGCGUUAUGGUAGAAAAAACAUUUAAUUUCCAUUUCACAUUACCGUCUGCGUGUAAAAUAUCAAAUGGCACGCAUCCGAGAAAACACAACUUUCAUAGGUAUGCAGAAAGUAGCUUACUUGGUCUCAGAUAAUCGACAGUUUGUUUGCCCGAUGUGAUUUUUGAGGUAACAUGCAAGGGUUUACUAAAUAGAUAUGUGAUAAUUGGAUUGUCAAAACGGCGACGCUCACUGCUUGUCCAACCGACCAAAAAUAACGCCACGGUCUCAUGCGCGGGUUGGCUUAUUAAAACGUAGACUUAUGCGGCAUCUGGCAUCCUUUUUCCAGCCAUCUUGUUUUUAUGGCAAAGCAGUGUCAAGACGACCAAGAGUGAGGUCGGAUAGAGCAGCUCAUAAAGACAUAGAGUCCGUCUAGGUGGUCCGCACACGGCCUGGCCCCUUUUAUAUACGUCGGUUUCCUGCAAAGACAACACGUAUCCCGCAUUAAAGAAAAUGUCUUGAGGACGACGGUGAGAAGUAAUCAUUGCAACCUGACUCUUAGUCAUUCAAACCCCAUUAAAUAAUCCCAAGAGAAACAUGUUACUUCGCCACUCUGCAGUCUAUAAGACCCUAAUUUCCGGCGCAUCAUACUUGAUCCAGGCGCAUUUCACCUACUGUAAUGAACAGUGCGUAGAUUUUUGUAGGGAUGGGUUUUCAAAUGUCGGCUUCAUUCUCUCUUCCCCUUCCAAUGCACUAGUCGACUGUCGGAGUCUUUCAACCAUCUGGUGAUGAGAAUCGGCUCGGUGGAGGACAAAACCAGACGGUCCGUUGCUAAAAAUCUGGUUCUCAUCUUUCCCAGAAUAUAUUACAGGGCAUUAUUUCCGCUUAAGCCCAAAGCGCGUGUUCUGUAACGCGAAAAAUCGGCAAUAGUAAAGCGGUUUACAUGACUGCUACAGAAAAAUAGCAUGGUGCUACUGUGAUAACGUUUACAUGCGCGUUAUAGAGUAGGUUUGUAUGUAGUUUACGGGGUGUCUGUAGGCAGCUAGGACGAGGUGCAUUGAUGGGGUCCGGACUGUUGUGUUUUGCUAAGGAGUUUUAUGAAUGGGAAUAUUUCUCAGUAAACUUGUGUAGUGCUUAAAUGCCCUGGGUCAGUAUGUGCAGGUGCGAUGUAUAUGAAACUGGUUUACUGGUUUUAACGCAAUGAAUUUGCAAGUAACCAAACUGGAGUUUCCUCAUUGACAGUACUAAUGUCAACGCUAGGAGUUGUGUUGUAAAUUGAGAAGCGGCCUGAUCAUGUUGACAUUGCACUCGAGCUACAGAUGUCCGACUAAGCCAGUCCGCAUUCUGAAUGUCCGUCGACAGUGUGGGUAUGAUGACAGAGUUAGGGUGUUUGCGUUAAUUGUUUUAGGGCGGCCGUCCGAUUGGUUCUAAAAAGAGCUUGUCCGGUCUUUAUGUCAGUACCCUACGUCUGUCGACCUUGAGCGAGGUCUUUAGAAAUCUCAAAGCUAGUUUACAUGUCAUGAAAGGGUGUCCUAAAGGUAUCCUAAUGGCGACGCUUUUGUCUGCCAUACUUUUGAAAACCUCCAACAACAUCUUUGUAGAACAGUUGCUUGGGAAGACCCUUAUAAUUUAUUUUCAAGAUGUACCGGCUCUGUUCUAGUUACACCUGCCUAGGACAAGAACGUUAUUAGGGUGACAACUCCAUGUAUUCUAAGUUUUUUGUUAAGCAAAAUGUCGCUACAGCUAUAGUCUGAGUGUUGUGGACCGUUUAAUGUCUGUCGGGUUGCGUAGUUCUGAGUUGCGAUUUUGUCUCAACCUCGAUGCUUUCGGAAUUGUUCUCCCAAAACGCACGAAUCUAUCCACUGAUGCUAGACGAGUUUUGUUUACGUUGAUACAAAUUUGCAAUCGACAUUUUGCGGCGGGUGGUUUAAGAUCGUCUCCGUGCUGACGGGCAAAUAGAUGUCGAAAUGGCUGAAGUGAAUGGGGUCCACAGUCCGCUGCGUGUCCUUUCCCGUUAUGGUGUUUAGCGCACGGUCAUCCGCGUAGAAAGUAGAGUGGACAAUGGCCUUGGGUACUGUCGAAGAUGCUAAAAUCCGAUGAUGUUUGGCAGUUUCCCCUCGGUUUGAUAAUCAAUUUCGAUCUUUGGUCGUCCCUCUUGGCAGUCGUCCACUAUAAAAUCGGAGAAAAUGGGACUAAAUGAGGUAAGAGCGAGUACGCAUCUGGGCUUCAACUUGUCAUCACGAAUGUUUCAGAGGGGGCUAUGUUGUUCGUGAUGCGCGUGAAAAUCCCAUCAUGCGGUUUUUUACCAGCUGUUGGAAUCUCUCCAGACACUGUGACAAAGGCCCUCCUCAGAUCCAGUAAUGUCGAGCAGAAACAGUCCCUAUUCCCUGGCGGACCUCCAGGAUUGUCUCUAUGGCUUUGCGGUAUUUUCGGAAUCUGUGCCUGCUGCUCCAGACACGUACUCAGGCAAUUGAGUUGAACGCGAACGAAGACCAUGCCCGCGGAGGUUACUACGGGGUUGACAAUAGCCUUAAGAUUUGAACGAUAAUAGUAUUCGUGAAAUCUUGGAGGACGUGUACUUGUCUUCGCACCUCCCGGAACAGUGGAAUAAACCUUACUAUAAGUUAUAGGCCUGUCCUACUUGUAAACGCCGGUUGGAAUUGCAUCUGCUCCCAGUGCUUAAUACUGGAGAGCUGUCGCACUGUUUGUUUCUGGGAGGGUAGGCAAACUGUCGUGGUAGUCGUUGGUGUUCGUUCGGGGGGUCGUUUGGUGACCUUUUCGUAGGCGGUAGACGGCUAGUUGAAGACUCUCUGGGAGUGUGUAGGCCAUUUCUCCAGAAUUUGCGACCUCACUGUCAGGAGGAUUGAUUUAUCCUAACUCAGAAGUAGCGCGGUCUCCUUGGCUUAAAGACUGUAGACCGCCUGAUGGACGCAAUUGUAUUUUUCAUAUCACGGCUGUCAACAUAUCCCUGGACCCCCUCCGCUCUGCCAGCCGCUCGUUAUGCAUCUCCCUUAGCCUCUUCGGCUUGGCAAGCCUGCAGAUUUAUUGAUCUUGCUGCUGUUAAUGCAGUCGACUGCAGAUUACUUCAUUAUUGUCGUCAGUGCAUUCCUGAUGCUAUUGACGUGCGUGAUCAUGGUCGUGCAGUUUUGACAUUGGUAUGCGCGUCCAGGGAUUGCAGUUCUUCCAGUUUGGGGCCCUUGCAGCCACAUAGGUCCAGCUGAUGUACAUCUCUAUCAAGUGGUGCAGUAUUUAAUUCACCCGAUGUUGAAUUACAUUGCGGUCACCCGCGGGAUUACAGACAAAGCCUCAUCUUGAAGAUGACAAGGCGGUUGUCCGUCUUACAGUCGGCACCACACGUUGACCUCGCCAAUAACACGUCACGCUGAUCACGCCUUCUAAUCAGGGAAGUAGUACUGAAGAUGCAAUUAAAGUGAGCAGAGAUGCAUUCAUACCGACUUCGCACGCAUCGGAGGACGGAUAAGGUGUUUGGCAGGAGAAGACUAUGUUCCAUGUGGGUCUGCGGAAGGAAACGACCGUUGUUGUCGCAGCAUUCCUGCCCAGGUAGCGCGGUCAGUGCCGACGACUGUAAUGAAGUCACAAAAGCCACCUAGAUUUUCCAAAGACGACGCAGUCGGCUGGAAGCCGUGAAAGUCUCAGUAGAACGUUUUGCUCACGUCACCGGAGUUAUGUAUUUACGGCAUAGGCGCCGACGACGAUGACAAAUAUGCUUCUGCGGGGUGACAUCCUCAUGGUUAUAAGACGAUCAUUGACGUCCUAUGGCAGGCAGCAAAACCGUCUGACGACGUCGUCCCCGGUGGCAAACGCGACUCUGAAAUUUCGUCGGUUUGUCUUUGGAUGUCCGCUCCAGAAGCGGGUGCAUCCCUGACAUCCACCGCCUUGCUGAAAACCACAAUAUCAAAGCUGUAGCGGGUCACUGGCAAAAAAUUGUGGUGGUACUCCUUCCCAGAUGAUUUGUUAUUGAAUUGUCUAGAAGAGAACAAACAUUUCAGGAUGUCAGAAUGAGCGCUACCACUAUGUCACCCUAAAGGGGGGCGACAGAAUAGAAACGGAGGCUGCUGUUGUUUGUUACACAUUCUUAAUAGUACAUACAUUUUCCCUUUGCGAGCUACAGUCGGCUUGCAGAUGGCGUGUUUUUUCUGCCAUUUUCUAGGGUAUCUUUUCUAAUCUCCGUCCCCACGAGGGGAUAAACAGUGCUAUUUUUAAAUAGGAAGGCUUAGACAUCCCGGACGACUGCCAAAGUCCACUAUGCGUCACGGCUUUCGUUUAGUUGGAAGACAAUCCAAGUUAACCUAUGCCAUCUACGGAGUUAUCUGUUGCCUUCUGCGUAGAAUUUUUCUGUGAGGUUGAAGAUGAAGGAUGUAAUUUAGUUCGAUAAUUGCUGGGUGCGAGCACACAACUUUACGACAUCUUCAUGCGUAAUAAUAACCGACAGUGUACCUCUGCCAGAGUGUCCUCGCCAGCAUAAAGUCGUGCAACAUACAUCCAACCGCAUUGACGGACCGGGAGUGUUCACACAACUGCAAGGUGGGUCGCCGGCCUGCUCACGCCGUACACUCGUUGUAAUACCGUAGCUGUGAAACAAAGCGUCGCGAGGGAAUGAUAUUUCCGCUGCCCAAGGUUUCAGUUUCAGUAUAUUUCAGGGAAAGUCAGUGAUUAGGCAAACAUCGGAAGACGACUUAAUUACCGACGACUGAGGCAACGCCAUUCUUAUGUCUGCAUUUAAAGUAGCUAAGACCAGGUGAUAAAACCAUUGCGGCAUAAACCUCAUUGUUCUUGAUGCAAGGGUCUUUGUCCUUAUCAUUGUCGGAAGUAUUUUAGUGUUGGCAUCGGACAACGAUGGGAUUGAAUUGAGCUGGAUAUCAGGCCUAGUGAGAGUACUGUUUACACUGAAGCCUCCACUGCGCUUCUCUGGGAAAUUAAUAGGUCAACUAUAACUAAUAAAAAGUUGACGUUAGUCUGAAGGAUGCUUUCGCGUAAAGGACGAUCGUUGCCGUAGUUAAGGUGUCACCUGCACCACAGCUGUUAAACCCCAGUCGGCCUGCUCUCUACGACGCGUCCAAAUCGCACCGAGCUAGGUAUUUUCGGUUCAUAUUAUGAUGCACGGAACAUAUCGGUUAGAAAAGUAGACUUCCUCUGCUUCACUAUUGUGCACGGAUUAUAACAAUCCCGGAAUUCUUUUAAACGGUCUUCAAAGUAGGCCUGAACAUCGGAAAUGGAGAUAGUAGGGGACGCAGAAGGCCUUCUAGUACCUGUCCAUCAAGAUUAUGUUGAGCCAAAGACUUUUAUUCUCCCGGAGCCGUUUGCAUUUCGAAAAUGGAAAAGCCAUUGCAUAAUUUUACUCAAGCAAGCCUUGCUAGGCCUCGGCACACUGUUAUCCAAAACUAAAAAUAACGCCACUUUAAAAAGCAACGGACUGGAUUGUCGUUCUUGGCUUUCUCUCAGUUAGGAUCUCGAAACCAAAAUAUUAAGUAUACAGCGUCCUUAAAACUUUCUUCGGAGCGAUUUGGCUUCCUUAUUUCUAAAUAAAAAGCAGUCCAUAUAGUCGAGAAAAAAAACAAAUUUUCUGAACUGGACUAGAACUCAACAGCAUUUGGACGUCGGGGAUAGAAAGAUUAUUUGAAAUGCACAAAGAGUGUAAGGACACGGAUAAAACGCGAUUAGGUGGGAUUGCUAGUAGUAAACAUGUUGUAAGAAAGCCAUCCGUCCUCUCCACAUACCAUUUCGCACAUUACCAUCUAGUCAGUGCGUUUUGUUUAUCCAAGCACACCAGCAGUAUAUAUGAUUGUCAAACGACUGUGAGGAUCGACAAAGCGACGAAUCCUUCGCGUGCAGUUAUCGCUACAAAGUACAUGUGGGCGCGCUCCAACAGUACCGAUGAGCCCAAAUUAGCUUACGCAAGUAGGGUACCUGUGAUUAAUUGCGUCUGGUCCGUGCACAUAUCCAGUCCUAUUGGGUCAAUGCAUGAACUGUGCACUAACACCUACCAGACCCAUCCGCUUUGAAAUCCGCUUUGUCAGUCUGCGGCGUCGUUUGAAGAUGCGGCAAAGUAAGAUUCGCAAGAUUUUACCGCGUAGGCCUGGACUCUCGGCGCGAUUGGCAGACGAUAACCCCGGAAAAUCACGUUACACUUUUGUGAUUUAACAGCAUUUCAUAGACGCUGAGAGAAUUGAAAUCGAGUAUUGCGUUCAAGCUUUCAUGGACUUUAAAAAGACAACAUAGGAGGCUGGGACCUGUAGUUAGGCUGUACGGUGACAGAGAACGACUUGAAGUCUUCGUGGUCCCAACUGGAAACUGCGACUCAUGAGUAGGCGACGGUUUACUUUGAGACAGUUGGGAAUAGGGGGUUGACAUCCAUUUUAUCCCCUACCAAAGCGGCCUACAGGACUCUCCAAGUUUACUUGCUGUGGCGUUCACUAUCCCGCAACAGCUGAGUCAUGACUUACUUGCGUGAGGCCUAGUCAGAGAUCAGCUAGCGAAUUAAUGCUGAAAGAGGCACCUAGCUUACAUCCCAGUUUUUCUCUGUGUACGCGACGACACAACCACUGUCGAUCUGGAUGAUAAAUAAACCUUAUGAGCACAGCUAUACGACCCCAUCGCGGUAAUCUAUGGAUUCUUUCCAGAGGUUAAAUAAUUGGGCCGAGCCAGGAAACUCAUCAAACAAUCACAACAGCUUUGUACUUUGGCCUUCGAUAUGACAAUGACGAAAGCACGUCGAGCUUCGCCGAGUAGAACCGAGCGGUUGUGAUCAGACGGACUCCCAGUAUCUAUGUUAACAAAUGUUAACCUAAUAUUUAAACGACAGCUGUACAGCCAGCCCGACUGAAUGUAUUAUGAUCAGUUUACUGUCUCGUGGCAUAUCGAAGCGUGAUUUCGAAGAUAAUAGCGCUAAUAGGUCGGACUGGGUUUUCUUCGCACACGCCUCUCAUCCGCACCCAACAUGUCCAGCGCAAGACGCCUCGAGGUCGCCAAAGUAGGACCACUCAGGACAACCAGGCUCUGAGAACAGAAAAAUGGUCUCACUUUAUUGUUCGAGUCGGGGAGAGGGCAAGAGUAGAUGGUCGUAAUUAAAAUCCUCAGUUAAAGAGACAUCUCAGAGUAUUAACGCAAAACUUUUGUAAUCGUUCAUCGAGACGGAUCGAGUUAGAUCCUUCAACAAGAACUUCCCCUGCUAUCUGGGGAAAAAGGCGAGAUGAUUGACUGUGAUUGUUCUCAAAAACCGUUUGAUUGAAGUAACAACAUCAUGGAGUAGGUCUCAUAGGUCAGCAAUUCACAAAAACCCUACCAGCUUAUUUGUCUAGGUAGUAGCAAACUAGGUUCACUCGCCGGCCGAAGCCGAGCUUUGGCUCGAGUACCUUAAACUCCUUCUCUACUUCCAUGAUCAAUCCAUUGCUCUUCAUCUGUUUACAGCGCAAUUGGAAUUGUGACAUGCAGUGUUGUCUGACUCAGCUUCCCUAAAAGAAAUAACCAAAGCAAUACUUAGGGCACCUAAGAGAAACUCGACCGGAGAGGACAGCAUUCCCAUCGAAAUCCAUGUUUUUUUUUACGCUGGUCCCCUGAGCCCAUGAAGUGGUUGUGCAGUUUUUGAUGAUUGAGGCUUGAUCAUCCUCGUGCCUGUCUUGAAGAAGGGAGAUAAUGCGAAGUGCAGAAAUUACUGCGGCACAAAUCUCAUCGACGUCGUUGCAAAGGUACUUGCCAUUGCCAUUAUCAAACAGUUUCAGAAUGUACGUGAGUCUAGGUCGAGAUAAAAACAAACCGUGUUUUCAAAUGGAUGUGUGUGCACCUGUUAAAUGCUUACGUAUCAAUACCUUUUUGAAUUCCGCCAUAUUUACCUCAAACAGAUGGCCGUUUGUUUCACGGACUUCCUCUCAGCUUUCGACUCGCUCAUCACGAGUUCAUGUGGCGGAUGAUGAAACUAGAUGGAAUACCGACAGAAAUCUAACGAUGAUCCGAGGCAACUAUCACUCUUAAACUAUCUCAUUGACUUGACUCUCGGAAGGGUCGUACAUGCUUUUAACGGUGUUGAAGUUGCCCCAGACGCGGAUUAAGUGAGAUCUACUACAUCGAUGAUGUUACCACUUUAGCUUCAUGUUUCGAUGACCUAUGGAAUGUGGUAUCGCGAAUGAAUGGUGGCUAACUCGACCGGUUUAUCAAUCGACUUUUUGAGCUACCUUCUGGCCGGAAGGAUGCAUUUCCAGAGAGAAAUUACUUUUAACCUAACAAAGUAGUCAUUAUUAAAUAUCUGGGGCGAGAUUGCUGUCAGGUAGGUAGAGUAAGGAUGACAUUGUCCUCGGGUUCGAUGCAGCUUGCAGGGGUUUUAAUAGGCCCUUGGAAAUGUCUAUGGAUUUGUCACGAUAUCUUCAUCUUCAGGAGUGUCCCCGAGAAUUCGCUGGCUGUCGAGUAAAUACACGACACAGGCGCAAACAAGGAGGGACGGAUUGGUUAUCCAAACAGCGGGUCACCAGGAAAAUAACAUUCGACCUAUACAUAUGGGCUUUCACCGGUCCACUAUAGACGACAUAAACCAUUGCCCCAGACUGUAAAAUUAUAAAACAAAAUCAGAAUCCAUACGUGUAUUAUCGGAUUAAGUCACUGCAAAAAUAUACGGUUUCACUAAAUUCGUAUGAAAUAACUUCACUUAGUAAACGAUAAAUUGUUAUUGAAAAUAAUGCUAUUGUGUGGCGCUUCGUAAAGUCUAAGCUUUGAAAUUUGUUCUUUGAAAGUUUAUCAAGUAUAUUUCGCUUGUUCCUACACAAAAGAUUAUUAUAGUUCUUUUUGGAGCGUCAUCCGAGGAAUCCUUUCACAGGACGGACCAAGAGGCUUCUAUAGAGGAUAUACGUGUACACUCGCCAGAGAGCUACCGGGACUUUUCUUCUACAUGGGCGGAAACGAGACAGCACGUUUCUUAAUGACACCACCCCAUAAGUCAAGCGAUGAGCUAAGUCCUCUGUGCACUGCUAUUGCUGGCGGUUUCGGAGGCGUCUGCCUCUGGACUGCAAUUUUUCCGUUGGACGUAAUAAAGUCCCGAAUUCAAGUUGGGCGAACAGCAGUAGCGUCUGUUAUGGCCUCCGAGGCAAGUUCCAUGUCAUUUACGACACCGCCACCACGGAUUGUGACAACAUUGGUCCAAAUAUUGAGAACGGAAGGUAAGCCAACCUUCUCUGGCAUCUUUUAAAUAGCAAUUGAUAGGACCAUUGUAUCUGAGCUUCGGAAAUAGUGUUGUAUCUUAAUUGUGCAGGUACCAAAUGUGUAACCUAAAGGGUGUCUAAACUACCCUUCUUAAAUGUACAUUAGAGCAUCCCCAUAUGCGACUUCAGCACGCUGUUGCUAACUUAAAGAGACCUUUACAUAUCCUAUUGAGUGAUUCUGUAUAUUACUGUGAUAAAACUAAUAUUAAGCGGUUCCUCCAUACUGUCGUUUAUUUUCAUAGCUAACACACAUGUCCUGCGAUUGUAGUUCUUCCUUGUUGCAGAUUAUAACAUUCCCAUUCCAAAACACUUGACAUUUGCGGUCUACAGGAGGAACAUAUUCGGAAUGCAUUGUAACGUGUCUAAAAGCUGCCCCCUACGCUGAUAUUCAGUAACAUUUUCUAAAAACGACACUUUUGUUGGAAGGAGAUUAGUGUCCAGACGACAGCAUUAUGCGGUUUUGAAAGUCCUGCUAGUAUCUGAUCUUGAAAAACGUUCAUCCAGAAUCUUGGUGUACCUUCCGUUUGCCUGAAGAAAGUGACCGAACUACACUCAGAAAGUGAAGGUGCUCACCAGAAUAGGGUUAUGGUGUUGCCAACGCUUCAGAGAACUUGGUCGAAUUCCUAUUGUCAAAGCGUCGUUUGUAGAAAGUCGAUCAGAAUUUUGAAUGUCCCGUCGAGCUUGUCCGACCUGAACUGAUCAAUUUUCUCUCCCUUUCGUUGCCCCGGCCUUAUGACAGCGGCUUGGUGGGGGGGAGGGCUUGACGACCUCCUGCGUUGUCUGUCUUCAUCUCGAUGGCGGAUGGUUGUACCUCUGCCUGCCCUUUGGAUGGGCUCGUCGCCGGUCCAUCUCUUUUUUCUGAAGUUUGGUGUAACCGUCUUAGCCUGGUAUUUGUGUAUGUAAUGACACAGGACUUUAUAAGUCACAGGAAGGUCUAGAUGCACUUUGAGUGGAGUUGGCACCUGAAUAGCACGCCUCUAGUGUGGGUCAUUCCGUCCUUGAGAUGCUCCGGCCUAAAAUAGCCGCUUCUUGAAUGCCAAAAUUAUGGUCAGUUUUUCCAAUGUGAAUUUCAGCCUGACAGUUUGGGUUUUGGCCUCCGAUUUGGCGGUUUGGGCUGAUGUAGACGAGUCUGCGAUUUUGGUCGGGUUUCCUCAAUUUAAUUGCAGUUUCCACCAUCUCAACGUGCUUGGUAGACAACGGCUGAGAUUUCGGUUGAUGACAGUACGUCCUUUGAUUGCAUCAAACGGCGACGUACUUUUGAAGGGGAUCGACGAGCUACGCCCACUCUGGCGGGUUGUGACAGUCGAGAGACCGCCUCGGAGACUCUUUUUAUGGGGGAGUGUAGGAAUCGUCCUUUAGACCUCGAUUUCUGCUUUUUCGCCGGUGUCCAUUCACCCCAUACCCGCCUUGCUUGAUAAAAUAUCUUUGACAAACUUUGGUCCGGAAGAGGUCAUAAGGGCAUAGUCGUUCAGCUCUUGUUGGCUGGCGUGCUGUAAUGUGUUUCAACUCUUUAAACUAGAAUACGGACAAAAUUACGCUGUUGAAGUGUGAUAUUUGCCUUUUGCUGGUGUCUUUUCUGAAUAUCGUGGUUUUGCAUUUGCCCAGGAACUGCCCGCUGACAAACCCAGCCGAAGGGGGGGGGGUGUGGGGGUUCAACCGCCCUCCACCGAGCUGACGACACGCAACGCAAGAGACCGUCAAGCCUCCAAACAGCUGCCAAAAGACCGGUGCAGCAAAAGAAGUAGAGACAUCGACUAUUUCAAGAUCCACGAUCUCGACCAGGCAUUUAAAGUUCUGAUCGAGUUUCUGCGUUAGACGCUUUGACACUGGGAAGCCGACUAAGUUCUCCAAAGCGUCAGCAACACCAUAACUCUGUUUCGAUGCGUCCCUUCUUUUUCUCAGAUUACCGGCCCAGGAUUCUUAUAUUUGCGAACCUGAGCCAAAAUUCAGCUUCAUUUGAAUUCAAAUAUAGCACAAUAAGUAUGCGUUACAGCAACUCUCAUAUAUAUAAAACAUCUUGUUAAUUCAUGAAGUGUGUUCUGGUAAAUUUGAAUCGCUAAUAAACCGAGAAAAUUCAUCCCUUGAACGGGGAAAGUAGAUGCAUUAAUUUGGCGACAAAUUCUUAGGGUUUUCUUAGAAGAUACUCAGUUGAAAAUUUGACAAUGUUAUGCCAGUCUGCCAGUACUUUUUAAAAAUUUUGAGGACAGCGCGCCAUGAAGGAUUCAAGUGUUCCUAUAAAAUGGCAAACAAAUGUCUUCCAUUACUUUUAUCCUUCAAAUUCUGGCUUUCUGAGACAUUUUCCUGGGAAAAUUUACAUUACAAAUGCAUAUCUAUUCCCAUGUGUCACUGGGCUACUAGUAUACCUCAUCAGUAGAACGGUAAGAUUUCGAAUUAUCAAGUCCCUCACACUCCUGUUCCCAGGUUGUGUUCAAUUUACAUUAUCUAAGAUAUGCAACAUCAGCAGAACAUACAUUGCAAUGAACGAUAUUCGAAUAAGAUCGAAAAUAAAGGAGCUCUUGGAUAAUAUAUAGAAUGAGGCAUGGUAAUUUUCAUGAUUGUGGCAAUAAUCACGUUUAGUAAAACAUUAGACGUUCUGCCUGAGAUGAUAUAACAGAGUGGAUAAUAAAGUUCCCGGGUAAUAAACCACACCAAACUCAUUAGCGUUAAUCUAUAUGCACUUCAAAAUACUUUUGUAGCACAAUGCAUAUGCAUAAAUACGCAAAUGCAUAAGAAGAAUGUAAGAAAGUAAACCAACGAUAGAUAUUAUGACUCAGCUCUGCCAGAAGCACCAGUACUUUAGGGUAUCGGAAAGGCGGCUUGGAAAUUUGAGCAGGCCGGCUGUCGAUGGUAAACAGUAUUCUUUUUAAAGUACGUUACGAUUGCUUCUGUAAUAUUCUUCAAAGUUAUAGCUAGAUGUUCAAAUGCUUUUUACUGAGGCGCUAAAACGCUUUUUGAUUUUUUGAAGGUGUUGGCUCCCUGUACAAUGGACUCCUGCCCACACUCUUUAGGACAAUACCAGCAACGGCAACCUUGUUUGUCGUCGUUGAGGAGACGAAGAAACUCGGUCGCUCACUUCGACAUCAGAACAAACGUAGCGCUUAA